AUGAAUGGAAAUUCUUUCUGUUGUUCCUUUAACUAAACUUAAAAUUCCUCCACUUUCAGUCCAUAGUCUACUUAUUUAACUCCAAAGGCCGGUGAUUCUACUAAUUAGAGCCUGCUCGACUUAGAUUCUCCUAUUACUAUCCAAAGAACUAGGUCUUCUUUUUAUGCUAAAAGAAAAGAAAAAUUGUCAAGACUAGACCUAUCUUUUAACUCGCCUUAGUUAAAACCUACUCAUUUAAAUAAUGAUAUUUCUUAAUUGAGAUGCUAGUUAAUAGGUAUGAUUGGAAUUACUUUAGAAAAUUCUUGUGAGCAAAAGAAAUUCGAUAAAUAAACUCUAUCUAGAUAUGCAGUUAAGAAACAUUAGAAAUAAGACCCAAAGCCUUUUUCAAGAAAGUUUGAUGAUAUUUAUGAAUUAGGACGUAAAAUUGGUGAAGGUGGUAACUCAGUGGUGAAGGAGUGUUUCAUAAAACAUGUAAAUUUAGAUGAAAGUUAGAAAGCUAAAUAUGCAGUCAAGAUAGUUAAAUUCUCAGAUACAGAAUAGCUUUUUAAUAUAAUUGAAGAAUAGCGCAUAAUGAACAUGCUAAAGCACCAAAAUAUAGUUGAACUGAUAGAUUUUUUUAUAGAUAAAAAUAAGCACUCAGUCUAAUUAGUUAUGGAAUACUGUGAAGGGAAAAGCUUAACUAAGCUUAUCCAAAAAAGACAUCCAUUUUCAUAGGAAGAAGUUAAAUACAUAACUAGGACUUUAUUGAAAUCACUUCAUUACAUACAUCUAAAAGGAAUAUGCCAUAGAGAUCUAAGCAAUAAUAAUGUCAUUUUCGAUGUGAACACAAGAAAAGUUAAAUUGAUUGAUUUUUCUGUUUCAAAAGAGUACAGAAACAAGCACAGAAAAAUGUGGACGAAAACAGGUACGCUUUAAUUUGUCGCUCCUGAGUCAAUUAUGGAGGAAAAUGAUGGAUAUAAUCCCAAAAUAGAUAUUUGGAGUAUAGGUGUAAUAAUGUUUUCACUUUUAACAGGGGAUUUGCCUUUCAUUGAUCCAAACGAUAGUGAAUUAGGACUUAUUGAUUUGAUUAUUCAUAGCGAACCUGAUUAUGAAAAGUAUAUGGCAAAUAAUUAAAUUUCACCUGAGGCAUACAAUCUUUUGACAAAACUAUUAGAAAAGGAUCCGAAAAAUAGAAUCACGCUAAGAGAUGCACUUUAGCAUGAGUGGCUAGAAGAAAAAAUUGAAAGAAUUUAAGUUAUUCAUAAUUAAGAUAAGAUUAUUAAAUUUAUGAAGUCACCAUUAUUUAAAAGUAGUAAACCCAAAGGAAGUGAUUAAUUACGCACUGAUUAUUUCAAUUCUAAGCAAAAAUCUCUUAAUUUAAAAAAGUAACCCAGCUUUUCACCUCCUGCUAUAGACUAAAAUACAAAAAACGCCAAUAUAGAUAAUAAUGAUGCUGAAUACCAUUUUUCUCCUAGAUCUAAAGUUAUCUCUAUCGGAAAUCCUAUAUCUUUAUGCUUUUAACAUCACUAACAUUUUGAGGCAAAAUGA